CCGUGUGAUGUUUUUAGGCCUUUGUUGAACAGGGAUUGGCAGUUACACAGCAGUGGGUAGAGAGUUUCAAACAGAAACUAGGAUAAGGCAAAUCAUCUUAUUUUCAUUUACAGACUAAGCUAUAUUUUAAAUGGUUUUUAGAGUUAAGGACUAGCUCACUAAAUUGUUCCUCCACUGCCAUCCUUUUCAUCUUAUCUCAGAGUUACUGGAUUAUAUUAUUAACAAAUAAUUCUGUGUGACAGAGAAUCACACAAAGCUUAUGAAGUACUGCUAGUUCUCUGAAUGCACAGAAAUGCGGAUAUGAAUAGGAAAAAUUCUUACAAGGUACAUUUGUGUCCACCAUUUGCUUGUAAAAUGAAUUGUAUUAGUUUAAUGUGAUAGUGCAUCAUACACACAACUGCUUGGAAGCAACAAGACACAGCGUGAGAGGACACAGGGAAAAGGUGAUUAUUUGGUGGUUAUGGGAGCUCUGGGCUAGAAUUCUGUCUCUGGCAGGUGCAUGUACUUAGCAUUGCUGUGAAACCACAACCUGGGCUUUGUUUGAUUUUUUUUUUUCUUCAAUCAGAUAAUUCACAAGCUACUCACCUGAAGCUUCCUUCCAGUGUUCAAUACUUUUAAUAUAUUGCAUUUUUUACCUUGUCUAAAAUGUCAUGAUUUGUGUCGACAUGUUCCAAAGUUUUCUUUCCCAGCAUAAAUUUUCUGCUCCAGCAUAAGCUCCUAAGAAUCACAUUCUUAAAAUAUGCUUGAAUAUUAAAAAGAGUUUCUAGUUUUACAUAUUAACAAGCAACACAUUUUAUUUAGUCUGAUCAUUAGUGCCUUCACUUGCUUUCCUUACUUCUGUGCAAGGACUCUCUGAUUCUAAGGGGUAAUUCAGGGGUACACUCUUAAGCAUCAGAGCAAUUGUCCUUACAUAGAAAUACUAUCAAUUGGAAGAAGUAUGGUUCUUAGUUGAAGUUAAGAAGAAAAAAAAAACAAGCAAAGAAAAAUGUGAUUUUUUUUAUAGUGAUUUUUUUACUUUGUUCAUAGAUAUUUGUGGGUUUUUUUUAUGAACAUGAGUGAGUGAGUCACAUCCUCAAACUAGGCAAACAAAUACAUAAGUGUGCCCUUAAGUCAGAUGACUUUUACCUAGACUUAAAUACAAAUUAAAGGGUCUAAUUUAAAUAACACAAAAUAAUUCAACACUCCAAUAGUCAUUGAUUAGAGGACAUCUUACUCUUAUUUUUCUAAUAUACCAGGUCUGAUUUGGGAAACCUGACCCUCCUAAUUAAGAAAUUUAUCUUAGUCUAAAAUGAAAGAAUUUGCAUUUUCUUUAAAGACCACAGAUGUUAACAAAUUAUCUGGAUACGGCACCAGGAAAAAAGCUGAAAGGCAAAUUCUCUCCACUCCAUUUGUUCUACACAAAGGAUCCUUUUAAAACCAGCCUCACUCAUUUUCUCUGUGGUGGGGAGCAGAGGAUUUAGACUUGGACACUUACUCGCACAGAUAAUCCAGACUUAUAUUUACAAAAUGUCCUUUUGACCAGUAGCAGCUGCUUCAAGAAUUGCACUGAAACUCAAUACUAGUAAAAGGAAUUGCAGCAAUUUAGAGCAAACUGUACAUUGCAAGCCCAUCCAAAUCUUAAUACAAACCUCAUGGUUUACUGUGUAAGUAAAAAAAUCUUUUAUUCUUCACCAGAUUUUCUGUUCUCAGUGAGCACGUUGCUAAAUCACAGGACCAUCACAACUGCCUUGAGUAGUACACAAUACAAAACUGAGCUUUGUGACGGAGCAAGAAGGCAGUCCUGUAAAGAAAUCCUGUCUGAAAAUUUUGAGAGGAGUAUAAGCUUCCUUUCCAUAAUCAUAUUUACUGCUAGAAAAGACAAGUAUCUGGAGCAUAAGUUACCUAUUAACUAUACCCACAUAACACCACGACAAUGCCAACAACAUGAAGCGUCUUGAUUGCCUGGAGAGAUUUGCAUGCAAUGAUUCACUGUAACAAUAAUUAAGAAUCUACAGUUAAGAAUUUUGCAUUAUGGUGAUGAUUUCACAUGAUUAUAUCGUGUCUCAUCCACUAAUAUUUAUACGUAACACUAAACGUUUCAGUCAGAGGCGCGUUCUGGCGCUCUGCGUGUGCAGACACGCUGUGCAGAAAUUAGCCAUGUUGGAUAAAGAUGGAUGAGCAUAAUCACAGAAGACAGCAGUAGUUACCCCAGUAGGAGCUUAGUCUUUCCUUUUCUUCCUCUCUUCUUCUUAAUGUCUUGUCUGCUAAGCAGACUGGAAUGAACAAAACCAAAAUAAAAGUCAAGGCAGCAGCUCCGAGUCCUGAGAGAACAUGUGCAUCUCACGUGGAGAAUUCAGACUGAAUGUUUCAGAUGGUUUGUUUGCAAUGUUGCAGCUACUCCUGACUUUCUUGGUCUCCUUGUUAAUGAGGUUAGGUUUAAACACAAAGGAAAUAACAACUUAAAUGCUCCCAAAAUGUAAAAGAAAGAAAGGCUUAGUAUCCCACUUAGUUGCAUCUCCACGUUUAUGACCUGUGUGACUCUUCCCAUAAACAGACUUCAUUGCUGGAGUCGUUUUUCCAGUGUGCACGUGUGUGAUGUAAUAAAUUUGACUGAGACAUCGAUGAGGUGUUAAAUGGCAGAGCCAGGCCCACUCUGCAAGACUGACCUGUCUACAUUUUAACACAAGAACAGAGAGCUCAAACACUUUGAGACAUUGUACUGGUGCAUACUACCAUGGCAAAAAGGUAGGAGGCUUUUGAAAGACAACUAGAUGAGCAUGGCUGGAACAUGGUUUUGAGCUCAAAAUGAUUGAUUCCAUGUUUUAAUACAUGUGCCUUGGCAUGUAAAACACAGAAGCUGUGGGUUUUGCCAGGACCUCAUUAUGUCAGAUACUGCUUAAAAAAACAGUAUGUCUGUACAAAAGAGGUGAGCUCUUAAUCACAAGAGAACAAAUAAAUACAAACAGGUGAAGACAAUUGUCAGCAUGAACAGUAAUUGCAGAACACUACCUCAUUCUUUGCCAAGUUUCUUUAGUAGGCUAAAUAUUAAGAGCAAAGAAAAUUAAAAUACUGCUGGGACACCAAAGAGACUAAUUAGUUUUAGGAUGUAUGCUUGAUUUAAUUACAAAAUCUAAGAGGUUUUCAAAUUACUCAGAUUUCUUAGCAUGGAACAUCUUGAAGUACUAAUGCUCUGGAGAUCAGGUUGAAGAGUCUCACCAAAAAAGCUACUUCAAAAAAUUUUUUAAAAAUUACAAAAUCCCAGGUCUCUUAAGGAAAAUGAGCUAGGGUGGUUAACUAGGACGCUUUCUCAGAGCAGUGAAAUUGUGUACAGUACCAAAAAAAUGAGCUCUCUGAGAUUUAUCUGCCCAGCUGUACUCAGCUGGGGUGGGGCUGCAAAUGGGGAUUUCAAAGGUAUGUUAGAUCAGGCUGUAACUUGAAGUCUCAGUACUUAUAUGCAUUUUGCUGCAGGGCAUAUCAAAGCCAUAACUCCAUGCAGGUAUUUAUAAUUGAAACUGUAUCAGUCUUAGAAAAUUACAAACAGUAUUUGAAGCAUCGUGAUGUUUACUGGGUACUGAAAUAAAAAAGGACUGAAUAAAUAAAACUCUAAUACAGCUCUCUGAGCACAUCACAUGACACGCAGAGCUGUGGCAGUGAGGUGGACAAAAAAGAAUCCUUGUCAAUCUGGCACAGGGAUAAAACACCAUAGAACUGGGAAUAGAUUUAAUUUCAAGUAUCUGAGCAGAUAUGACAAGUAGGCAAGGGAUAUUUUUAUGCCAUUAGCCCAGCAUUAUAUUGUACUCCACAUCCUCUCCGUGGGGUGGUCGUGGCUAAAUUCCAGUGCUUUGAUGAAAAGUGCAAAACCAAACCAAAACACAAACAGGACACAUUGUGCACUGGAGGGGGAAAACUGAGCUCCCUUGGUGACCAAGGAGCCUUGAAACAUUAUAUUAAUGUAAAUAGAUGUAAAAAUAGGCGUUUUUAAAGUGAUAUUGCUAAUUUUAAAUUUCUUUGUAUGAUACUUUAAAUUCACCUCAGAAUUCAAGUUUUAAAUAUUAGGAAGUUCCCCUGUAUAACUACAUAGUCCCUCCCAUAAAAUUUGCCAAAUUCCAUCUUAAAACAGUUUAGGUUCCCUUCCUCAAAUAUCCUGUUUUGAAAAUUUCCAGGAUGUUAUUGUUUUGAAGGUCAGACAGAAAUCACAUCGUUUAAUUUACAUUGUUAGAAUAUGCAUGCUUAUAGUAAAAAAACCCACAAACCCUCUGAAACUACUUAAUGCCAUUCUUUUUUUUUUAACUGCCUCUGUCAGGAGAAAUGAACCAGUGCCAGGGAAUCUAGGGUGUUACAAGGACCAUGGAGAGCCACCCCCUCUGACUGGCACCAGUGAGACCUCCAAUAAACUUACUAUCCAAACGUGCAUCAGUUCCUGCCGAAGCCAACAAUUUAAGUUUGCAGGCAUGGAAUCAGGUUAUGCUUGUUUCUGUGGAAAUAACCCUGACUACUGGAGAUACGGGGAGGCAGCCAGCACGGAAUGCAACAGUGUUUGCUUUGGAGACCAUACUCAGCCUUGCGGUGGGGACGGCAGAGUCAUUCUUUUUGACACCCUUAUUGGUGCCUGUGGAGGGAAUUACACUUCUGCUACAGCUGUGAUCUACUCCCCAGAUUUUCCUGACACGUACGGCACAGGCAAAGUCUGUUACUGGACCAUACAAGUUCCAGGGGCGUCUCGAAUCCACUUCAGCUUUGCCCUCUUUGAAAUCAAAGAUGCUACAGAUAUGGUGGAAUUGCUGGAUGGCUAUACCUAUCAUGUGCUGGCUCGUUUUAAUGGCAAGAACCGUCCUCCCCACACCUUUAACAUCUCUCUGGAUUUUGUCAUUUUGUACUUUUUCUCAGAUGACAUCAAUCAAGCCCAGGGAUUUGCUAUCAGAUAUAGAGCUGUGAAGGACAAUGUGCAUCAAAACAAGACUCCAGUGAAUCACACCCUUCCAGAGAGGAUAAAUGAACAAGCAAAUCUCAGCAUCAAUGCAGCUCGGUCAUCAAAGAUACUUUAUGUCAUCACAACCAGCCCAAGUCAUCCUACUAGCUCCAUGCCAGAGUGGACCAUUUACAGUCUCACAGCACUGCUCAUCCUCAGUGUUACAGCCAUAAUAGCAAAGAUAAUUCUCCACGUUACCAUGAGAUCCCAUCAGAUUCCAUCUGCAACUGAAACAGAAGAUUGCAGUGAUGUUACUACUGCUGGUGAGAUCUGGAGUAUAUUUUACCAGCCAUCCACAUCAAUAUCCAUCUUCAAGAAAAAGCUCCGGAAUCAACAGGAUGAUUGCAACCCACUCGUGGGAGACUAAAGUGCCUUUUGUUUUACAAGAAUUGAUCUCCUUAAAACCCAGGUGACUUGAGAUAAUUCCUUUUUUUUUCUCCCAAUCUCAUACGUGUUUUCCAAAAAGUCCAUUUCCAAAGACCUUUGAGUGACUUUGCCUAUCUGCUGUUCCCUUGGGUAUAUCAGUGACAACGGAUUUAACUGCAGCAAUAGUUUGGAAGUAUCUGGUGCUCAUCAAAUCUGUAGUGCUCUUAAUUACUGCCUUUAAAGCAUUGCACUUCAAGUAUGCGUAAAAACUUGUAAAUUUCGAAAUGUCCUGUACCCCUGCCAGAGGUAACUGAGUAUCUGCAGGUUAAGGAAUUAUUGUGUCCUGCUUUCCUGUACCACUGUAUUUUAUCGGGCUACUUUAGUCCUUUUAUUCUCAAGGCUGAGGACAGAGGCAGGUUCAGAUAACCUGUUUGGCUGCCACUGCAACCAGAGCUUAUUGGCCUUAAUGUACACAUGUAAAUGUAAAUGGUACUACACAGUGCACUUGCCCAGUGUUCUGCUGUUUCUGCAUUUUCUGUUUCUACAAGCAGAGAUGCACAAACUAAAAUCGAAUUCAGGAGGUGCUCCGUCGAGUUUCAGCUGCAAAUACACCUUUUGAUGGAGUCCUGCUCACCAGGUCAAGGCCUGCCCGAGCAAUGAAGCCUUUUAAAUGACUGUGUCUGACCCAUCAUUCACUGAUGUUUAUGAUAAUUUUGUUCAUAUUCACAGUGAUCCUUUAAAAAACUAUUGUACUCCAGCCUGAAGUCCAGCAUCCAUUCUGGGUGGAAGCUUAGGGCUUCUUAAAGGAUUGCCCAGAGAUUCUGUAAAUCCACUGAAUUUUUAAACAGUGAAGCUGAGUAACAAAUUUUUACUCGGAAGUUACAGAUAUUAAUCUCAGCAGCCUAAAGUGGGAUCAACAGUGAGUAUUUCAGCCUCAGCAAGUUCAGAGCAUCAAGACAUUUAGGAAAAACUGUCAAUGCAGAAGUCAGAUAAAUUGACUGGCAAAGUUUACUGAGUGAGCAGCUCCUCAAACUGUGUUUGAGGAAAUUCACUGAGAACCAUUAAACCGGCUAAGUUUAAACAUAUACCAACAGUCUGUGUAUGUGAGACACACCCUCUGUGCAGUCAGAGAACAUCUAUUAAGAGCACCUACAAAAGGUAAUUAAGAAAAGGAAGAAAAUUGUCACCGAGUUCAAAUUCAUUACAGUAUCUGCCCUUAUGUUUUUUAACAUAUAAUUCCCUCCCCUUUAUGUGGGUUAGAGAUUUCCUUGGAAAAACAGGGCAUCUAAGAAUUCAAUGAAAUAUUGUGCCUUACUUGCCAUUGUAGAUCUAGUCUUUUACCUGAACUGAAUUCAAUCCAGCUCUAUUUAUGUACCACAGAUGAGUGCCAGCAACAGCUGAACAAUGCCACAAUAUGUGCUUAAAAGAAACAAGACCUUUACUAAGCCAGCAGUUAUGAAACUGUUUAUAUCAAAAAUGGAAUAUCAUGAGAACAUCUAGUACUUUCUUGCAUGAGCUGCUGGAAAGAACACAGGAAACUAUAAUUAUGGUAUUACCUAAAAUCAAGACGGGACGAGUUGUAAAAGAUACACUGGUUCUCUCUUCCGUGCCUUCAUGUUAGACCAGAAAACAUCAUCUGUCUUAGACCAACAAAAAUUCUGAAAUUGCCUUUUAUAACAGUCAGGGUUUGCAUCAUGCUGCACAGAGAAAGAGUCCAACUCACGGAUUCAUAGCAGAAUAAAGCAGGUUGGCUCCUCAGCGUGCUUAAUAUGGUGCACUAACAGAAAACCAGGAGAGAAUUGCAGGGUGGUGCCCAGACCCUUAAGAGUUGUUAGGAGCACACAGAGCUUAUCACAAACAGCUGAAGCUUUGUUUGCUUGCCUCAUCAGAUGUUCUCGAGCAGUUAAACAUAUAGAGUAAAAGAGACAUUCAUAAAGCAGUUAGCUACUGCUGAUAAACUGAAAAAAACAUCAGGAAUGCCCCAUGACUGAUUUUUACCUAUUGCAGGAGAAAAUACAGAACUGCCAGGCUUCUCUUCCUUAGGAAAGAAUUUAAGUUCACUGCAAAGUUGGAGACAAGCAUUAAAAUAACAUCUAAGACUGAAGCCACGAAUGGAAAUUCUAUAGAAUUUAGAAAGAGAUUUUUGCAUCAGUCCCUUAGCUUCUCAACUGUUUUUUAAAUAUUAAAAUCGCAUUUCAUGGGCCUUUCUUAGGGAAUGGUUAUCAAGUUUCUGUACAAAAGACCCAUAAAACCAGCAGUUACAGCAGAUUAACUGGUCAUGGCAACAAAAAACAUGACACUGCAGAAGGCAUCGGACAGUGCAUGGGUAACAUACUGAUAAAAGCUCAGAGGAAAUUGUGAGGUCCCCGUUUCCGCCCCUAGAUCUUUCAGAUUAUCUGAUUCUAGAUACCUCUGCUUGCAAACAGAGCAACAGAUGGAAAUGCAUGGACAGGGGCCCUUAAAUAGCACUUGUUACUGUACAGGCCUGAGACCAUGAAGAGCAGGUAGAUCUCUGCUGUGGAUUCUUUCCAAAUGCGGUUCAGGCACUCACACUCCUCGAACAAGCACUUCAGGGUGUGGUGGUACCUGGCCAAGAUACAUGGUAUCCACUAACAUAGCACUUUUUGAUAUUUGCUGUAAGGGUUUGGGGGGAGAGAGAAACAAAAAGCGUGACAUGCACAAGUGUUGUAAUCCCACAUGAUUCAGCCUGCCCCUACCGCACAAGCAGCUGAGUGCUGACAGCUGGGGAGCACGGACACCUCGGGAGGUUGGUGUUUACACCAUUUUCUUCAGCAAAGUGAAAAUAACUGCAGAAGAAGAAUUCGUUUGGAAUUGUAACUGAAUGGCCUUCUGAUGUCCUGCCUAUCAGUUCCCUCCACAGGCUGGACAGGCUGCAAGUGUGACAUUGGCUACAAUGUCAAAAGCAACUGUUUUGACAACGAAAUAAUCCUGAGGAGAUGCCUCCUCAUAUAAAUGCAUUCCAGCUGCAGCUCCGGCCCCUUCUCAGUGGUGUUGGUAGGACUGGCUGCGGUGCUGCAAUAAACUGACAGGUCAAAAGUUGCCAUCGGUUUUUCUUCUCUAGUUACUUUUCACAGAGAUGAAUUCUCUGAGGUUGUUUAUUACAGGGUGGUUGCAGAGAGAGAUGAGCUAACACAGCUAAGUGGACAAUAAGCCAUAGGAAAAAGACAAUUGUCUGCCCCAGAAGCUGGGGCAGUGAGUGCUUCUGCUGGCACUGCCACUGCAGCAAUCUGUGAGCCUGCGUGCCAGAGCCUACACUGUAUGUGGACCUCAGGUGGAAAGGGGCCAGCUGGACAAGUGCCUUCCCUAAUUCAAAAUCUAUGUUUAAAAGUAGUUUAGUUUGUUGACUAAAUAAUUUUAUAUGUAUUUUUGUCUUAAUGUUGCUGUGUUGUGGGGAAAUAGAGACUGUGUUAUGUAAAAAUGUGUGAUAUGUUAUCAUAGUAAUAUAUAUAUUUAUAUAUGUAUAGGAAAUGCAUUAUUUAAUACAGCAUAUUAUGCUUGUACCUUGCUAACAUUUUAUAGGAAGAAAAGAUGUUAGUUUACACUCUGGGAAAAAUAAAUUUUCUAUACACUGUAACCAUAGGAAAAAAAUCAAAGAUACUUCUUUGGUAUCUAUAACAGAAGGUCAUUGAGAACAGGGUACCUCAGACCCAGUUCUAUGGCCAAACAGAUGAUGAUGAAACAACUGCUUUAAGAAGCACUUACCUCCUUUGAAUCUCAUUUCUAGCUUGUAUUUGUAUUAGGCUGUUCAUCACAUUCUGCAAAUUCAUAUGCAUAUACUCACUCUCUGGACUAUUUUUUUCCUUCAAACAUAUAAUCUGCUUUUCCAAAGCACUAACAUCGUCUUAUUUAGAACCUGUUUCUGCCAGAUUUUCUACAGCCAGUACAAUGCUGAGGGACUUUAUCACACUGCUCAUGCAGACAACGCAGUGGGACUGCAGUUAUGGUGUCUGUAUUCCAAGCCCCCCUGGCAGGAGAAUAAAUGGGAGAUUUUUAUGGAUAGCCCUGGAAGCUGAACUGAAUGUGCAGCCUGUAUGACUACAGACCAAACCCCUCAGCAGACACGUGGCUGCCACUGAAUGAGCAUGACUAGCUAUUCCACUUUCAUCUUCUGCUUAAUGAGCCUUCUCAGGCAGUGGGAAGGACUACUAACAGAUUUUUCUAGUGCACCGCUUUGCCUAAAGGAAGGGUGAACUACAAAAACAACUGACAAAUACUUGUCCAACUAGUUCUUAAUACCUUGCAUCAAUAUUUCACAAUCUUCCAAUGAAAUAUAGUUCAGUGAUAGUUUCACCUGAAUGUUGUUCUAGGCAUUUAUGAACUUUGCUACUCAUUUAGGAAUUCUGCUACCUUGAGAGUGAAAAAUAGAAUCCUCUUCCGACCACACAAUUUUUUCUGUAACACAUUCCUGAUACACAUACAUUUCAUGCAGCUCAUACCUUCUCAAAUUUACUGAGCACCUGUGCUUUGGGAUGAAACUUGGCAUUCCGAAUUUCAGUCUCAAGACAACUUACUACAAAUGCAAAGGCACGAGCCACAUAAGGCUGUCAAGAAACCAGAAUAAAUCAAACUUGAGAUGACUCACCACUGAGAUAUGUGCUGUGUUUAUAGCUGGUCACCCUGCAUUCAACAAAUGGCUGUAAAUAAUAAUUAUGGAAAAAUAAAUACAUUUGAGCAGAAGUUCAGUUAGGAUGGCUAAAGUGUAUACAAGCAUGAAAUAAAGGAGGCAGAAACUGCUGCAGUUCACCAGCAGAUGACAAUGGGGUUGUCCACUGUAGAGAAGAGAAAAUUUGAGCUGAAAAUGCUGAGAAAGAUUACCUAUAUAAAGUAUAAUAUUGCUCUGAGACACAAUUUCUGACGUAACAGCAAAUUGAAAGUUUUCAGCGUAUGUUUUCAGACUGUUACAAAGAACUGUAACAAUUCUUUCAGUGUUCUCUUUACGAACUGCAGUAACGUGUAAUGCUGUUUCCACUUGCGAGACUCAUCUUUUCUUUAAUUAAUUCCUCCUGACCAAAAUAAUGCUACAGUUUAAGAAAUCUUCAGUGAGCUUUUACGUAAACACUGGAAUUACCAGUGUCAGAUACUCAAACUGUCUCCAGCUUUUCAUGUGAAGAUUCAAACUCUCUUAGUCUUAGAAACGCAACUGUCACCGGGGACUGGCCUCCCCUUACACAGGGAGGUUACUCUGCUCUCCUUUCUUGCCAUUCCGGUUAUGAGACUCCUUUUGCACUUUGGUUUAUUCUGGAAACUGUUGCCUUUUUUUUCUGUUGUUGUUUCCUAAGCUACAGUUUCAUUCCCCACGAGAGAAACGUGUUCUUGAUUCUGAAAGAGAACUUUUCUAUGGAGCAUUGAAGUCACAGGGGCACGGCGCUUUCACUGCAAGAUAAAAUAUCCAGUUUCAGGUAUGCUGUUGUCUCCCUGGCCAAAGAACUAGGCCAGGCUGGCUCCACGGGGUAUGAACACAGCCAUCCUUUUAAGGGCAUUUUUCUCUCCACACAACCCAAGUAACAACAAACGUUACCUAACAGCUGUCACAGGAUUUGACAGGCGCACAUGAUAUUGCAGAUAGUGUUACAGAAACACCAAGUGUUACUAUAAUGUACAAUCCAUUAAGAGUAGUCUGCUCCUGCCUGUCUUUUUUUACAGUAUCGUGGUGCCCACAGGACUCUCAUUUUGCAACAAAUUUGUUCCUUAAACACUGAACCUCAACAGUAAAAAGAACCUUCCCCUGCUAAGCAUCAAAAUUUUCAUUUUUUACAGAAAAUAUUUACAUUUAGUCAUUUAAAAAAAGCCACAACAAAGAAGAGACAGAAUAUCACACACACAACUAAGCACCACAUACAAGUUCAGCCAGCAGCCCACACCUGUCUUUCUCACAGAAAGAGAGGAUGGGCUCACUGAUUAUUCUGUGGGACAGCAAGAGUUAAAGGUAUGCCCUGCUCUUAAAAGCACAAUCACCUCGCAGUUUCCUUCAGAACAAGGAGCAAGAAAACAAAACACAAGUCAGCAAUAGCAAACAGGGGGGUGGAGGAAGGGAAGAGGAAGGAGACUCAGAUGUGACCCGUCAACACAGGUGUAUCAGCCAGACACAGAUGGCAAGUUUAAUGCUGUUUGUAAAAACAGUUGUUUAAUGAACUGAUUUGCAGAUAAAAUGUGUAUCUAUAAUCUGGCAAUUGCCAAGAUUCCGUUUUCCAAGUGGAAAAAGGGGCAGGUACUUUAAUUGAGAAGUGCUUGCUGAUGCUGCUUACCUCCUGCCUGCCAGUUGCUCUUCUAUUACUGUGCCCAUCUUCACAUGCAGACAGGCUUUCCCACUGCACCUGAGGAUGAGAACUGAUCCUCAACUGAUCCUCCUGCUACAAAGGGUCCCAUGCAAACUGACACUCCAGUUCAACAGGCUGUCAUCCCAAACACGGAGUUAUCACAUAUAGAGGGGGUUGGAGAGAAGUAAGGCUCAUUUCUUGGCUGAGUCCUGAGAUGACUGAAUUACAGCGCAUUUGAACAUGGAUAAGAGGAGGGGAGAGUCCAGGGGAUUACAAGGUGAAAAUCUCUGGGAGAAGGAAGAAACUAGAGUUGUGUGUGUGUGUGUAUCUCUGGAUGGAAAAUAAAUAAUGCAUGAAGGCAAACUGUUUACACAAUAGCACACAAACAUGUAUCACAUAAAUGCACACGCACAUACACACACACUGACACAUAUCCCCAGGCCCCCCUCUUUCGGUGUCUGCACAAACAUCUUUGGUCAAACUGUGCUCUCUGCUGACAAAAUGAGUAGCACAGCACUGAUUAUCACUUCAGUGGAUCGGUGAUUUCAUGAUCCAAGGCAAGGAUUUGGAUCUAGCUUGACUAUUCAAGCUGUGAUUCAUCCAAUUGCGUCCGCCUCUAUCAUGCUGGUUCAGGUGUCAAAACAAUUUUAUUUCAGGACAAUAAAUUAUUUUUACCUCAAAUUGUAUCAGAAUUAAGUUGCCCUGCCAUGAGGAACAGGCAGCUUCCACACAGAAAUGAGGAUUUUUUUAGCAGACGCGGUACUUCUCCUGUGCCUGGAGGGCUCAGGGGCUUGUACGACACCUACCUGCUGCUCCCCAACAAACCUGCACGCUGUGCAGAGGCCCACUGCUGAUGGGUAAGGACUGCCACACUGCACUCAGCUUCCCUGCACUUCCCUCCCCAUUUCCCUGGCAGACCACCCACCUCCUCCACAGCACACCCUGGUGCACUGCGUUCCUAACCCUUCGCUUUUCCUUCUGUGCCUUCCUUCCUCUGUAACCUUUGUUUCCCUGCAAUGGAUGGAGCAACCACAGCCAGGUGUGAGCAGGGACAGAGGCACCAGCAGCCCCCAUGGAACACUCAUGCCUGGGGCAGCAUCAGGAAGACAGUUAAAACUGGGCAGUGCUGGACUUACACUGUGCACAAUACCUGGUAAAUUCAUCUGUGGCACUCGGUGAAGAUUCAGUGGUCCUGAGAACGUUAUGGGUUGCCUCCAAAGAAAACCACAACCACUUAUGAUCUCUGUGUGUGUAUAUAUAUACAUAUCCACCUAUCUAUUAUUUAAAAAAAAAAAGAAAAAAAAGAAAAAAAUGUUGUUUAUUAGAGUUCAUCUCAACAUAUCUAGGACUGUACUUUGAGGAGAACAACUAUCUGUGUCCUUUCCCCCAAAACAAGAAGAACAACUCCCACAUGUAUAUGCAAUAAAACUGUAUUUUUGUGUGGUUUUGCCUUUUUUUUUCUUUUAAUACAGACAUUUGUACACUUUCUUACAAAACUGCAGGUAACUACAACUUUUCUUAAAUCAUUUUUGGUCGGCAGGUACUGUAAAAUCUUUGUGUGCAAUUAUCAUGUAUUUACAGGGCCUCGUGUUAGUGAUUUUCAAUGAUUAUUACAAUAAUGUCACACACUCUCAACAUAAGACAUGGCUUAAGAUAAAUAUAUUAGUAAAUAAAUAUUCUGAGAACAUAUUUCCAUAAAUGAAAUGUGCUGCUAUACAUAUACAGAAUAUAUACAAGAUGCUUUCUAGCUUUUAAAACAUUUUUAAAAAUGGUAAUGAAGGAGAAAGAGCCCUUUGACCAUAUUACAAAUCUUUACAGCAAAUUUUAUACAAAACAAUUUUUUUAAGUGCUAUCAUUUUAAUUAAAAACAUUUUAAAUAGUGCCUCAUGAGCCAAACACAAUGACAACUGUUCAUGUAAGUAGUAGAAAGGCAUUUUGUUAUAAAAACCAUCUCUCGUGGCCAGGUAGCCUGUAAGUCUGCAGGGACAUACAGGUAGCAGGGACAUUAAGUACACGUUGAAUGUAAAACCCAGCACAGAAAGCAGGUGUAGGGUGUCUGUGGUGUGGCCUGCAGAGACUGUUUGUACUGGCAGGGAUUUCCACAGCAGGGGAAUGAGACCAGUACAUCCAGGAUCACCACGAACCAGAAUGUUCGAAUCUUUUUUAGAACCACAUUUUACCACAACGUGCCAUGUAGUUACAGAGUACAAUGCAUCUCAGGUGGCCUUCCACAGUGCCUCACAAAACACCAAGCAGAAUAACCAAGCUAGUAUACCACAGCUUCUACAAUGCAUUUCUUUUUUAGUGGAGGAAGGAGAGGGUAAGACUUAAAAAUAAAAAAAAAGCAAAAAACCACAAACCUUUAGAGCUUAUUCUCCCAGCACAUACCACUUACUUCAGUCAUUCAGAGAAUGAAUAAGUUUUUAAUAAGCUUUAUACACAGAAAAUGUGUUUAUCGAUAUUUUUCUUUUAAUCUUAUACCCAGAUAUUGCCUUGUAUUAAUUCUCUGAACAGCUGGAUUUUGGUGCUUGUUGAUUAGAAAGAUGUAAUGUGAAUUUCUUUAAAUAUAACUUUUUUCCUACCUUAUUGGGUACAGAAAGCAAAAGUAAACAGACGAUUGUAUUUGUUAUUUCUCA